AGAUCACGGACGACACAGACGGCCACCAAAUCUGCACCUGCCCCAGAUGCAGCAGAGGUAGUCGCCACGGCGCCACCUGCCCACUGCACUGCCCCCAGAGCCUCCAAGCUGCAUAUCGGAAGUGAAGCGCCUCGCAGUCCUCCUCUCGGAUCUCGCGGUGGAAGUCGCCGGUCCACUCGAUCAGCGAGCGAGUCGGUGCCGCGCGGCGGAUUCCCCGACCCGAGCAAAGGAACCGGACAUGCGGCCGCGGCUGGUGCUCUUCGGCGACUCCAUAACCGAGCUGUCCUUCGCGUCCGGCGGAUGGGGGGCCGCGCUCACCGACCGCUUCGCCCGCCAGGCUGACGUGGUGCUGCGCGGGCUCAGCGGCUACAACACGCGGUGGGCGCUCAAGGUGCUGCCGCGGGCCAUGGAGGGCGCGGCGGGCGCGGGCGCGGGCGCGGACCCGGCGGCCGUGACAGUCUUCUUCGGCGCCAACGACGCCUCUCUGCCCGACCAGGUGCAGGCGCACCAGCACGUGCCGCUCAAGGAGUACCAGAGCAACCUCCGCGCCAUCUGCGCCUAUUUCAAGGAGCGAUGGCCCUCCACUGCUGUCAUACUCAUCACUCCCCCACCGAUUUACGAGCCAGCGAGAAUCCGAGACAUGUAUGGAGACGACGAGCCUUCACGCCAACCAGAAAGGAGCAAUGAGGCUGCCGGCGCUUACGCACAGGCAUGCAUAGAUGUUGCCACAGAAUUGAACCAUCCAGUUAUAGACAUCUGGACCAAGAUGCAGGAAUUUCCAGACUGGCAAACAUCUGCAUUGAGCGACGGGCUCCACUUCACCCCAGUAGGAAACAAGAUCCUGUUCGAGGAGGUGGUGAAGACGCUGGAGACGAGCAUCGGUUUCAGCCAGGAGCGGCUCCCGUCGGACCUCCCGCUGUUCCACGAGAUCGACCCCAAGGACCCCAUGAAAGCCUUCGGAGCUUAGCUUGGGCCUUAUCGGAGGAGACGCACGGUCGUUGGAUCAGCCACGUCUGCUGCAUUUGAGUUCGUCGUCAGUAUGCCCGAGGCCUGCUGAGGCCAUUACAGGAACAGUGAGCUUUAAUAAGCGGUGUUUUCAGUACCGUUUGGUUGUCAGCGCAUCACGUGUUGUUGGAACACUGUGGUUGGAUAAAAAAAUCAUACCCUCUCCGUCC